CUUCCGGGUCACAUGGGGACACUUUGUAAAGACGCACACAUGAUUUCCAGCUGGUUGCGGGCGGAAUAUGUUUUCAUUUUCCCUUUAAGCGUUUCAUUUCGUGUUUCGGAAUAAUCGAACUAUCUAGAAAUAAUUAGAAAUAAACGUCAGUUGAGUUUUUUUUUUGCCGGUGUGAAAGAGAUGAGCAGCAAUCCUAAUAAGAGAGCCCCGGCGACAGCCACGCAGAGAUUAAAACAGGAUUACCUGCGGAUCAAGAAAGAUCCGGUCCCGUACAUAUGUGCAGAACCGCUUCCCUCAAACAUCCUUGAAUGGCAUUACCUUGUCCGUGGUCCUGAGAAAACACCCUAUGAAGGAGGUUUUUAUCACGGGAAGGUCGUAUUUCCACGCGAAUUCCCGUUCAAGCCACCGAGCAUCUAUAUGAUCACACCCAACGGCAGGUUUAAAUGUAACACAAGGCUGUGUCUCUCCAUCACCGAUUUCCACCCGGACACGUGGAACCCUGCGUGGUCCGUGUCCACCAUCCUCACUGGCCUCCUGAGCUUCAUGCUGGAAAAAGGUCCCACUCUGGGCAGCGUAGAAACAUCAGAUUUUACAAAAAGACAACUCGCCUCACAAAGCCUCGCCUUUAACCUCAAGGACAGAGUGUUUUGUGAACUGUUUCCGGGUGUCGUCGAGGAGAUCAAGCAGAAGCAGAGACUAGAAGAAGAGAUGAGUUCCUGCGCUCAGGCUUUGCCUCUCCCCGACGUCGUGCCCGACUCUGAGACCCAGAACGGACACGCGCAUGCAGGAAUGGCGGCACCCAACAACCACCCGCAGGUCAACCGAGAACACGGACUCCUCGGAGGAGCGCUCACGAACCUGUUCGUCAUAGUCGGCUUCGCCGCGUUCGCAUACACGGUCAAGUACGUGCUGCGGAGCAUCGCACAGGAAUAAACAAGAACAGGCCCGGACCUGAACUCAAACCAAAAAAACAACAACAAAGCGGCAUCGUCUCGUUAUGUCAGAAGGGCUAAUGGCGAGUUAGGGAGUGCUGUAUAAACAGUCGAGGUAUGGAGGAUAUUUAUAGGUAAAUUUUCUGUCUGUAUUCAGCCCCAGAUUAUAACCGGAAUCAUUUUCUGUGCCUUUUUUUUUAAUACUUCUGUUCAUAUUUUACUGAGAUGGAAAAAAUAAUCAAUGCCACUACAUGGACAAAAGUUUGUGGACACCUGCCCAUACGUAUUCGUAUGUCCUUUUUUGAACAUCCCAUUCCACAUUUGCUUUUAUGGUAACCUCCAUUCUUCUGGGAAGAUACUUCUAGAUUUAGGUGAGGUGAGUAGGCCUGGUUUGCAAUCAGUUCAUCUGAAAUGUGUUAAUUAGGGUCGAGGGUCAGAGCUCUAUUGUAGAUCUUCCACUCCAACUCAUGUAAAGCAUAUCUUCAUGGAGUUUCAACUUUGUUUGGGGAAGAAGCACAUAUGGCUGGGAAAGGCAGGUGUCCCAAUACUUUUGUCCUUAUAGUGCAUACAGAAUGAUAUGAAGUAGUCCGAUUGAGUUUGAUGUGAAAAAUGAUCUUAUGCACACAUAUGAUGGUGCUUUUAUAUAAAAUAUAUAUUUAAAAAAACUAAACAAUUGCAGGUAGGAAACCGAAUUCGCAUUUUAUUCAUGAGAUACACGAGUAGCCAGGGAUCGUUCUAGCCACAAAUUAUUAUUAUUUUUUUUUUUAAACAAACACGAUGUUGAAGGAGAAGAGUGCGUGUCAUUGAUGGCUCUUUACACCUGGAAUCUGUGAGGUCCAGUAAGUGAACCCCAACAGUUGUAAAGAGUUUCCUCAGCAGUUUGAAAAGUGCGGUGCGCUAUUAGAAAGCGCUAAAGCUCAAGAUUCCAUCCAUACGCCUUUAAAAAGUGUCUCCGUUGUCAAAUCAAAGAAUAUACACCCUAUGUACACGUGUCUGCUACUAUGGAAAUGAUGCCAAUGUAUUCGAAUCAGUUGAUGAGUUCCUUUUCGAGCUGCUGAUAUAGAAAAUAAAUCAGCGGCAUGGGAUUCUGGAAAAACGUAUAAAUGCUGUGUGGCUGCAAACAUGCUCAUAGCAAAAAGUAGGUCAUAUCUCACAGACAUAAAAUCGAGGAAGUCAAACAGUCUGUUAAAGGUCUUUUAUGGUUUUUGAGAGACACAUGCAGGUUCCUUUUGUUUCUACGCAGCAAACUCUGUAAUGUAACGAUAUUUCCUUUGACCAAACAAAUAUAUAAAUGUCCAGAUGUUCCACUUUAUUUCCAUCGCAAAAAAUCCUCCCUUGGAAUAAAGAACAGCUUUACGCGCUCUCGGCAUUCGGAUGUUUCGUUUCUCCGAUCGUUCAGCUGAAAUACUCACCAAAGGAGGUCUUCACUAUUUCUUUAUUGCGAUCAUCCCAGAGCAGUUCAAUAUGAUUAGGGUGCAGUGACUGGGCAGGCCAUGAUGGAGAACAUUCCAUCUGACUUGUCUGCUCUCUAAAAGACGCUUACAGAGCUUGGAUUUACGCUCCAGGUCUUGCAAGGUGUUGGAGUAUGGAAUGGUUGCCAUGUUGUGUUUUUUUCACCGGGAAUUAGUGUUUAACAUUCCUGGCUCCAAAAAACCCCAAACAUCAUCUCUGACUUAUAAAAGUUCUUCUGUUAGAGCCAAAAAAAAAAGGCAAAUUUGGACUUAUUUGUUAACUUUUUUUCAGUGUGUCUUUUUGCCUUUUACCGAGUUUGUUCCAUAGAAUGAAAAGGAACGUUUUGAAAACAUCAAACUUGGUGUUUUUAGACUUUUUGACAGGUAUUGUACAUGAGUUAUUGUUUCCCUUGUACUAAAUGUAACCCAUUUUUGGACAGAUGUGGACCAAAUCCAGAAAUACUGUCCUUUUAACAUGCCAGAAGGCUUUUAUUAUUAUUAUUAUUAUUAUUAUUAUUAUUAUUACAUCUAUUACUGCAAUAAAAUACAGAAGUCCUAAGGGGCCAUGCAUUAUAAUAUAUUUUCUUAUUUGUUUUCUCGUGAUCACGACUGAAUGUUUACGUCGAGAUAACGAGAAAACGAGGAAGGAAAAAAGUCCUCAAUGGACUUCCGUAAUAAAAUGCUGUUCCUACUGAGUUUCUGUAUCCUCUUUCUCGUGGACCUCCAACACUUCAGUCUGUUUUAUUGUUUUUUUCUUUUUCCCACAGUGACCUGCGCACUUCUAACGCACAAACGAAAACUUUUAAUUUUGGCUUUUAUGGUAUAACUUGUGCAAUAUCUUUCAACACGAUUUGAAAUAAAGUUUGUUUUUUUCCUA